GCUUGGUUUCCUCCAGUACACCAAAACCUCAAUAAAUUUUUUUUGUUGUUUUUUUUUGAGAGGAAGUGGGUUUCAAGGAGCGAACUUAUUGCGAUGCUUUGACGUUCGAGCAACUUUUCAGCGUUUUCGUGUCAACAAACUGCCUUAUAUCUUUACGAAUAAGUAAUAUCGCAGACGGUCAACUCAGGGUUUAGUGGCAAACAGCGCAGUCCGCUUCUUUCGCCGUGCACAACAACAAGAGAAGAGAAGAGGGAAACAUGUCGGUGGAGCCGAUUCACAUAAAGCUGGAAACAGCCGGAGAGCCUCCGAGCUCGUUCCCGGUGGUUCUGAAGAAAAUAAUGGAAAUGCCUCCACCGAACAUACUGGACGGGGACGACGACACGGAUAAGGAGAAGUUGGGUCUGGAAGGCAGCGCCGACCUGGCCGGAGGGGGAAGCGACAUGGGGCCUUCGGCCGCGCUGACCCCUGCUAUCUGGGAUAAAACCAUUCCCUAUGACGGUGAGAGCUUCCACCUGGAGUACAUGGACCUGGAGGAAUUCCUCAUGGAGAACGGCAUCCCGACGUCGCCCGACAACGCCACUUUAAAGGGAGUCCCAGAAGUGAGCCAGGCCGGAACUGAGAAAGUAAAGAGCAAGCCCGUGAUCCUGCUGCCCAUUACGGAGCUGGACAGGUGCGAGGAGGAAGUGGUGAUCAUCACAAAGAGUGAUUUGGACAUUACCUGUGACGUCAGUACAGAGGUCACCACCUCGCAGGAAAGGGCGACUCCGGAGCCCAUCGACCCAGAAGAAAUCGAAGUGGAUGUCAACUACGAGCCGGACCCCACAGACCUGGUCCUGUCGAGCGUUCCCGGAGGUGAACUGUUCAACCCGCGCAAACACAAGUUCAGUGAGGAGGAACUCAAGCCGCAGCCCAUGAUAAAAAAGGCCAAGAAAGUGUUUGUACCUGAAGAACAGAAGGACGAGAAGUACUGGCAGAGGAGGAAGAAGAACAACAUGGCCGCCAAACGCUCGCGAGACGCCCGCAGACUGAAGGAGAACCAGAUCACGGUCCGAGCGGCGUUCUUGGAGCGCGAGAACACGGCGCUGCGGCAGGAGGUGGCCGAGUUGCGGAAGGAGUGCGGCCGAUACAAGAACGUCGUGGGUCGCUACGAAUCCAAAUACGGACCAAUUGCGCCGCCAGAUGACGAGUAGACAUCAGUUGAUUUAUUCAUUUAUUUUCUCUGAUGAAUAAAUAAAUCAAACCGUUGGCGGGGGUACGCAAGAACCGAUCUGAUGACGUCAAGGUGGAGAGGAAGAGCUUGUGAAGGCAGGAUCUGACAUUGCCAUGGAGAUGUAAAAUGUUAAGAUAUCAUUUGUUGUUUGUGUGUUUUUUUUUUUUUAUUCUUUGUAUUAUCACCUUUCUGAAUGAGGUGAACGUAGGUGGAUAUUCAAGUGCUUCUUCAGCACGCCUUGUUCGUUUGGUGUACUUUCUGAUUUGUACACCUGUAGCCUGAAAGAGAUCAUUUUUAGAAGAAAUCCCAAGUUUUGAAGUCCUGUCCGGUGAUAUUUAGGCAGUCCAUGCCAUGGUUUUAGAUUAUAUGAGGUAAUUUCGUUUGCAGUUUUAUUUUUCAUACUUCUCUAAUACCAGAUUGCUUUGAAGAGCUGGGCCUGUCUUUGCCCACUGGAAUGUCUGACUGUGACUCUUCCAGCAACUUUAAGCUCCUUCAGGGGAUUUCAGUGACACGGCAAAAGGAAAAGAAAAAAACAAGAAAAACCAGAACCAGGCCGUGCUCACUUUUUUAUUUCUAUGUUUUCAUUACCACUCCAGAGGCGAACUGCUUUCUAACACCCUGCUUUGAUGUCUGUCGUCUGUCCGUCUAGCACUUUCUCACCAGACUGGACUCCUGCUUUCAUCCCUAAAGGAUGUCUGCUGUUUCAACUCAUCCAUUUUACUCAGCUUCAGAUGUGUUGACUUUGUAAGCAUAGCUGGCAGGUUUAACACUCCCGCAGUCUCCGCUCGACUUGGCUUCGGAAGAGUGCAGCAGAUGUCACGGUCAGACAGCGGGGAACGAAGGGUCAGCUCACAACACCACGAGGAAAACAAACAAACAAAAGAAAAUCAGAUAAAAGUGCGUGUGGGGACAGUGCAACCGCAACUCCGCUGGGACCGUAAAAAGCUCAUGUGAGGUCCAUUCAAUGCCUCUUACGAUUGCGGGAGGGUUGAGAAAAAAUAUGUAGCCCUUUUAGGGAAAAGGAAAAAAAAAGCAUCAUAUUGCAGAUAUUUUAAUGUUCAUAUUUACAGUCGUUUCAUACAAGUUAGAGCAAAUAAUCUCUAACACAUGGCAAUAUAAGUUCACCUAUCAAGCUAGCUAUUUCCAAACGCAUUUUUACUGCAGCACGUAAGCUAAAUGCGUCUGUUCUGUAUCACUGGUGUUCUCUGAUACAUACUGUGAUGGGGCCUCUUUUCCACAGAUAAGGACUUGAAAUCUAAAGCAUCUCCUUCGUCUAAAGCCAUUUCAAUGCAGCUUGCAAUCUCCCAGUUUACAGUCCCAGUUCUGACCAACCCUCAGGUUAUCUAACUUUCCAGCUUUGACAAUAAAAGGGAAAGGAGCUUUUCUUAUGUAGCUCUUUGUGCUUCCGUUUUGAUCAGAUAAGUUCAAUACAAUGUCCUUUUAAUUUGAAGAGGAGUUUGAAAUGUGAGGAAUAUAAUCACUUUAAAAAAAAAUUAACAGCAUUUGUACGUUUAGGAUGUACAAGACAUUACUAGGGGAAUAUUCUAGAUUUAUUCAACUAAAAGCUUCAUUAUUUUCAGUCACGUAAUGGAUUCUAUUUUCCAAAUCGGGUUUUUUAUGGGUAAAAAAAAUAAAUGUUUGACUUUUUUUUAUUUUUAUUGCCUUGUGCUGUAAUGGAGGUCGAAUCAGCCUUUUUCUUUAAAACAGGUCAAAUUCUUAACUUACUGGUUACUUCUUUUUUUAAACAUAUGGCAUUUUGAGUGAUGCUGUCUUGUAUAUAUUGUAUGAAAAAUUAAAGCCUUGUUGACACAG